AGCAACGCGAGCAGUUUAAUUUAUGUACAUCCAUAUUAUAGUAACUCUGAUGUGCUUCAGGUGUGUUUAAGUAAUCACUCGAACACUGGACACACGGUAUACACCCGGGAUUAACGGAAUGGCCUAUAUGAACUCUCCAGCCAAUGCCAACCGUAUUCCCUUUCCCUCACUUGAAUGUCUCAAACGUCAAUCAUUGAUGAAUCGAACCCCAUCUCUCCUCCUCGCUCGAUCAGGGAGAUUAUCGAUGACAGGUUUGAAGAGGUGUGGAGGAGACUAUACGACGAUAGUAACACAGUGGCGCUAAUAGCGACGCUCCUCACUGCAGUUGAGGCUCAAGUAUUAGCGAUCACGCUCGCUGAUGAUAGAAAAAAUUCUGCCAUCUACAGCCUGUUCAAUGGACCAAUAAUGGCUGCUGUGCUGUUAUCUACAGUGGCAUGCCUAAACGCUUGCCGGCGUGCACACUGGCUGACCUUUGCGCACCGCGACGCACUUCGACUGGUCAUACAUCGAUACUUAUACCUUACGGGUGAUGUCCGUGUUGAUGUCCCUUUCCCGGUCGAAGCUACAGUCGCAGCUAAACCAAAUGGGUUCGACUAUAUCAAAGCCUUCUCAUUUAGCCGCUGCUUCACCCUGGUCCUUUGUGGGUUUUACUUAUUCAUCGUAGGGUUCUAUAUCUAUGUCGUGUCCCGCUUCUCAAACGGAGUGAUUGCCGUGGGCAUCAUAGUCGUGUUCGCCAUUUGCGUUGAGAUCGCUAAUAGCCUUGGGAAAAUCUCCCCUGCCAUUCAUCACAUACACUUCGAUCGUAUUGAUAGGGUCGACCGGGGACCAAGAGAUUACCUCAAGGAUGAAGUAAAUUAGUAUGGCAUGACACUGCCGAGAACAAAGCCCAGAUAAGCGACAAAGGGCAAGUCGCUCGACCAGAGAAGCAUACAGGAGAUUGAGAAUAGUAUAAGACGAAU